ACCAAUCAAUUGGUCCAGUCAAACAGCAGCGCAGCCCGCGCGCACUGGAGACCUUCAGUCUCGCUUUAUUUCUGGAAAUUGUGGGACCUCUCUACCAUGUCAUAUCCACAAUUUGGAUAUCCCUACUCGUCUGCUCCACAAUUCCUGAUGACAACUAACUCUCUAACCACUUGCUGCGAGUCCACUGGCCGGUCCAUAGCGGACUCGGGAGUAGCUGCCUCCGGACAGACCCCGGUGUAUUGUCCCGUGUAUGAGAGCCGGCUGCUGGCAACGGCAAGGCACGAACUGAGCUCAGCGGCCGCGCUGGGGGUGUACGGCAGCCCGUACACAGCCACGGGACAGGGCUAUGGGAACUACGUUACCUAUGGCACGGACGCGUCGGCUUUCUAUUCUCUGGGUACAUUUGACACAAAAGAUGCCACUGCAUCUGCACAUGCGGGAAUAACCCAAGCUACAGCCUAUUACCCCUAUGACCCAACCCUGGGCCAGUAUCAGUACGACAGAUAUGGGUCUAUGGAUGGCGGGACCAGGAGGAAGAAUGCCACGCGAGAGACAACUAGCACGCUAAAGGCCUGGCUGCAGGAGCACAGGAAGAACCCUUAUCCCACUAAAGGAGAGAAGAUCAUGCUGGCCAUCAUCACCAAAAUGACCCUGACCCAGGUGUCCACGUGGUUCGCCAACGCCAGGAGGAGACUCAAGAAGGAGAACAAGAUGACAUGGCCCCCCAGGAACAAGGGCUCAGACGACAAGAGAUAUGACGAAGAUGAGGAAGGAUCACAGGAGGAGCACAUCAAGAGCGAGAACAACGAGGAUGAGACCAGGAGCAGGCACGAUAAGGACCUCCAGCUUAGUGACUUGGAUGAUUUUGACGCUCUGGAGUCUGAGAGCUCCGAGUGCGAGCUAAAGCACCGUUAUCAUCUCAAUACCCACAUGACCACCACCGACCUGCCCACGGAGCACCUCAUCAAAGACACCCCACUCAAACUGCCCAUCCCAGGACAACUGGAGCAGGAUUUGGCUAAAAGUUGUCUUAAGACCAAGAUGGAGGACUUUCAGGGAGACUCCAGGCAACCCAGCAAAACCUGUUACUCCCAGCAACAGCAGAUUCUUGACGGAAAGCCGCGAAUUUGGUCCCUGGCUCAAACGGCCACAUCUCUGAAUCAGACUGAGUUCCCUUCUUGUAUGUUGAGAUGUCAGCCACCACCCCCGUCAUCAAUAAGCCCCUCCCCCACCACUACCUCACCCUCCUCUGGCCUGGACACCCGGCAGGACUCCCCCGUCACCACCUUGCGGAACUGGGUGGAUGGGGUGUUCCACGAUCCCCUCUUCAGGCACAGCACUUUGAGCCAGGCGCUGACCCACACCACCGUUUCCUGGAGCAGCAACACCAAAGGCGCCGCCCUGCUGGAGACAGACAGAAGUGCACUGAGCUUACAGCACCAGGACUCGGCUAAAGACGGUGCCAUGAAUCAGUUCCCCAAAAACAUCAACAAGUUAUUCUGUUCCUAACAUAGGCCAUAGACACUGUGGACAUCUAAAUGUUGUACCUGCAUCAUUCUCAUUUUGAAGCAGAAAAAACAUACCAUUGACAACUGGAUUUUUCAGCUUUAAGGCACGCACAAACUUAUCCAAAUGUAUAAUGGAAUUUUACACACUGGAUUAAAGCCCCUAUGUUUGUUCUUUUUACUAUGAGCAUGCAAAAUAAGUACAUAUUAUUUAGGUCUCAACAGCCUAUAAAACAUCACUAUAAAUAAGGAAGAAAAACUUUUCACAAAUGCACAGCUCUCAAAAACUGAAACUGAGAGCAAUCCAACUUUGUUCACUGCAAAUAAA